AUGGGAGAAUCAAAAAGCUCUUCAGAAAAUAGCAAUGAAGAUGUCUACAUCAAGCUUGGUUUCAUCCUCUUCAUUUUUAUUGAAACUGUUUUAUUUGGAAUAAUACCUUAAAGAUGGAAGGCGUGCAGGAAUAAUGAUUACUUCUUAUCCAUUGCUAAUUGUUUCAGUGGAGGAGUAUUUUUAGCAAUAGCAUUUGUGCAUAUCAUCCCUGAGAGUACCCAGAUAUAUUACUAGUAUAAAUACACCCAAGAAUUCUUAGACAGUGAUAUAACUCUCAAAUUACAUCAGAGAUAUCAUGAUAAUAUCCCAAAACUAUUAGCUCAAAGGAAACUUCUUACUUCUACUAGAGGAAAUCAAAAUGUGACAAUCACUAUUAAUGAGCUUUCAGAUAUUGUAAGUGAUUAUAUUGGUGAAAGCUAUGAGAACUUCCCUCUGCCUUUCGUCUUAGUAUUCGCUGGAUAUGCUUUUAUUUUACUACUUGAUAAAGUAUUGAUCGACAAUCAUGCUCACAGUGAUAAUGAUGAUAGCCAGAAUCAAGAUGAAGACAACCCUUUCUAUUCACAACCAUCAGAGACAGCCUCUCCAUCUCCACUGUUAACAAAUAAUUCAAAAUAAAAGAUGGUAUCAUCAAAUAUUUAAGACUAGUACAAGGACAUAGAUACGUAUAUUUAGUAUGAAGAUUCAUAAAAGAAGAGAUUUAAAUCGAAUGAGGAAAUGAAUAUUACCUCUAAGAUGCUAAGACGAAAGAGCAUUUAAGAAGACAUUAAGUUAAGACAAGACUUCAAAAAAUUGGUCUCAAGGAACGAUAAACUAUCAUCCCAUAUGAGUGCAUUGAUCUAAGAUCGUAGUUCUAAUAAAUAGAUUAGUAAUAGACAAACUAAGAAUUCUAAUCUAUUUAAAAGUCUUGAUAAUGUAAACUCUAAUGUGAAGCAUUAUAGCAGUAAUAAGGCAACAAGUGGCAAUUUUUCAUAGGAUUUUAAUGGAUAGGAAGAUGCUGCAUCUAGAGAAAGAUUAGAUACUAUUUCAGAGUAGAGUUCAGAUAAUCAAAAUGAGAAAGAUAAAACCAAAAAUAUCAAUACUAGUCAAGAUUAAGUAGAACAUGUGCACAAUCAUGGAACAUCAUGCCGUGUAUAUCUAUAGUCAUUGGCAUUAUUAAUAGCACUUACAACUCAUUCAAUAUUCGAAGGAAUAGCUUUAGGUUUGAUAUCAGAUGUUGCAGGAAUGAUUAAUAUAAUGCUUGGCUUAAUUUGUCACAAAGGUCCUGCUGCAAUGUCACUUGGCAUUUCUCUAAGCAAAAGAUUUAAGUAAAAGUCUGAAUAAAGAAAAGCGAUUGUUCUAAUCAUCUUGUUUGGGCUAGCGACACCUAUAGGCAUAGGUAUUGGAAUGCUAAUUAAAUCGACUAGUAGUUUAGUUGAGGUCCUUUUCAAUUCAUUUGCUGCUGGGACUUUUAUAUACAUUGCAGCAAGUGAAGUAAUUGUUGAAGAAUUCAGUAUACUUGGGCAUAAUAAGUGGAUUAAAAUGCUAUUUUUUGUAAUUGGAGCUGUAAUAAUUACUUGUAUGUGGCUUCUCGAAUCUUGA